CGUUGAGAAGUUCUCUCACACCUUCGAUAGAGAGAAAGAGCAUCAAUGGAGGGCAACGAGAUGAGCGUGGCGUUCGAGAACCGCACGUUCAACCGGCGCUCCGCCCUGGGCGGCGGUCGGAUGGCCUGCACCCUAGUGACGGGCUUCCUCGGCAGCGGCAAGACCACGCUUCUCCGCCAUAUCCUCGACAACCGUGGUGAUCUCCGCAUCGCCGUGCUUGUCAACGAGUUCGCCGGCUCCGACGUUGAUUCCCUCCUCCUUGACUCUUCCCGCAUCAAUUCCGCUUUCAAUCUUUCCACUGUUGCUCUCACGCAUGGUUGUGCUUGUUGUGAUGUGAAGGGGCCGUUUAGGGAUGCCUUGCAGCGGAUCGUUGAUAGCAAGCAUAACUUCGAUUGUCUGCUUAUCGAGACUUCUGGGUUGGCAAGACCAGAUAUGUUUGUGGCACAACUGGAAGAAGUAGGCAUACAUUUGGAUCUCACCAUCACUGUGGUUGAUGCUGAGUCACUUGAUAAGGUUGUAAAAAUUGAUAUUGUGAAGAAGCAGUUGGAGCAUGUGGAUCUUGUGUUAUUAAACAAAUGUGAUUUAGCUACACUGGGACAGAUCUCUGAUGCAGAAGACAUAUUAGAAAGGCUAACAGGGAAUGCCAAGGUUGUUCGAUCUCAGUUUUGUAAGGUUCCUUUAGAUCUUGUGAUCGACUGUAGUAAAAUUGAAGCUCUAAGUCUUCCUGAGGAAGAAUGCAACAGUGUUUUGCCAGUCCUUUCUCAUGAAGCUUUGCCUAAAAUGAGGUUCCGGAGAAAUGUGUUUGGCAACACUUCAGUGGCAGUUUCUUCUCUUAACAACACCAGCAACCACCCUGCUGUAUCUAGUGAUAAAAACAACGCUGAUGAUUCGGGAAGUGGUUUGUCACAUGGGGAAUUCUUUUCAUCUGUUACAUUUCAAAGUGAGGUUCCCUUGUCUUUGGCCAUGUUUCAAUCUGAAGUCCUGCCAAGGAUGAGAAACUCAUGCAGGCUUCUUAGAGCUAAAGGCAUUAUAUGGUUUGCUGAGGAUAGAGGAACCCGCUUUGUUUUCCAGUGGAGUGGGGUUAAAAGGAUAGAAGCUGUUAGUGGACAGCCUUGGGAUACUGUGCCAAAAUCUUGUCUUGUACUCAUUGGAAUCGAUAGUUCUGAACUUGAAGAUAUCUUUGUGUGCCUAUCAAGGUCAACUGAUCCUCCUAAAAUAUUUUUGGAUGGCGGUCUUGCUAAAGAAUAUGCUAGACAAUUCUUCCAGUUGAUUUCAAAAGAUGGAAGAUUUAAGGAGCCAUCUCUUGAGAAGGAACCUCUUGUGAUAUUUGGUGUGAAAGGUUCACCCUUGCGUGGAAUAAAAGAGUCUCAACUCAGUGGAGCUUUGAUGCGAAUUGUAAAUGCUAAAGGAAAUAUCUUCCUAACGGCCACUACCUCUGCCGAAGAAUACAAUUUGCAGCUCUUUUUUGAUGGGGUUUCCGACCCUCAGAAAGCGUGGGAUGAAGUUCGAUUGGCUGCCAGCGCAGUCAUAUCCAAGCUUUGUAAAAACUUUUGCCCCUGCAGGUCAGAUCUUGCUGCUCAUGUCCAUUAGGCAGUAAUUUUCCUUCUUAGACUGAUCGGAGGCACCAGGUUUAGGCAAGAAGAUAAGUUCUAAUUUUAUUGCAGGCUUUUGGUCUAAUGAUGUAUGGUUUGCUUUUGCAAUCUUAUAUUGAAGACAUGUACCUGGCUGGCAGUGUGACAUAAGCAAUAUAUAUAUAUAUAUUUAUGAAUAUAACAGUGUAUCAUGGUGAAGAUAGGUUUUACCUUUUUACAUAUACUUUAUUUUGAUAAAUAUGGACAAGCCACAUGUUAGAGUCGGACAUACAUACAUAAAAGGCUGAGCUCUGUAAUACUUGCGGUUUUUACCUGCAUUAGCUGGGAUUUGAACCUGUCUUUUGAGCAGGAUGAACAUCUUAUCUUGGCAUAUACAAGAGUGGGAUGAACACCUUAGCUUGGCAUAUA